AUGGCUCCUGCUUCCUUCCUGCCAUGGCCUCUACUGCUCCUGUUCAUCAUCUUGGUCUUGUGGUGCGGUCAGUGCUCCGCCAGCAUUGACCCGACCCUGGGCUUCAUCGCUGUCAACCUCACCGAGGACCGGUUCAAGCUGCACCACCCGUACGACCUGCCGCCGGAGCAGCGGUACGAGUUCCGCGACGGCGUGCGGCGGAUGUGGGUGUACUGCACCGACAAGCCCUUGAGCCCCGGCAGCCCCACCAAGCCGCGCUCCGAGAUCCUCUUAAACGAGCGGCUCGCCGUCGCGGGACAUGGCGGGUACCGCCACUACUUCAAGUUCGGGGUGUAUACGCAGACGGACCCCUCGCACUACAUGGAGUCCCGGUGGAGGGACGUCAAGGUCUACACCAAACUCGGUUGA